AUGGCUGGGAGUGGUCGCGGCGCCGCCUCCGACUCCCUUGGCAUCGAUCAGGAACACCGGGGGAAGGCACAUAACACUUAUGUCCCUCCUCCGGUCAGAGGUGUGCGUGAUUCCACUUUCCGUGCUCGUUCUCCUUCCAUCGGUGAUGCGGGCUACCCGGAUACUGCUGAUGCAUUUUCGUUUGGUGUUCGCGCGGAUCUACCUCGAUUCGACGGCGCGAAUCCGAGGUUGUGGCAGAACAGAUGCGAAGACCAGUUCAAACUCUGGAAUACUCCGCCACACAGAUGGAUUUCACUGGCGACGUCUCAAUUUGAAGGAGCAGUGGCUCGGUGGUUGGAAUCAGUCCAGCGCAAGUCGCCAAACAUAUCGUGGUCUGAAUUCUGCUGCAGUUUGCAGAGUCGCUUCGACAGAAAUCAACACCAGACACUGCUUCGCCAGCUCUUCCGUAUAGCCCAAACCAGCACAGUUGCAGAUUAUGUGGAUAGAUUCGCUGAUUUGUAUGAUCAGUUGUCCGCAUAUGAGGAAAUUCCCAACACCUUGCACUACACCACCCGCUUCCUUGACGGACUCAAACCAGGGGUUCGCGCUGCAGUGGUGCUUCAGAAGCCUAAGGAUCUAGAUUCAGCAUAUGACUUGGCUUUGCUGCACGAGGAGCUUGGGGAGGGAGUAACCCAUAUCAACUCGCCUGCAGGCGUGCGAUCAGGUCCAUUUCCACUUCCUCUUCCCCCAAAACCCCGUGUCUGUGAAGAUCGGCGACAGUCUGACACUCUGAAACCCACACCAGCUGACGACAAGUGGUCUGCAUUGCGCGCUUACCGCAAGUCCAAAGGGAUAUGUUUCAUUUGUGGAGAAAAGUGGUCUCGUGAUCACGUGUGCAAAUCAACAGUUCAGUUGCAUUUUGUUCAAGAACUAAUUGAUCAUGUUCAGUCGAUGGAAUCCACUCAGACAGAUAGUUCAGAGUCUGAGACAGCUUCUGUUCACAGUAUGAGGUUGUCAGCUGUAGCAGUUGGAAAAGACCCCAAUGCUCCGUCCUUACAGUUGGAAAUUCAGUUACAAGGGCACACUAUGGUAUUUUUAGUGGAUUCAGGCAGUACUCACUCAUUCAUCGACAGCUCUUUUGCUCCUGUGUUGGUGGAUAUUCAGGAUACUUCGGCAGUUUCUGUUACAGUGGCAGGAGGAGCAUCAUUGCAGUGUUCUCAGAUGUUGCAACAAUGCAAAUGGAGCUGUUGUAGUGCUGAAUUCUCUUCUGAUUUUAGGCUAUUGCAGUUGUCCACUUAUGAUGGCAUAUUGGGCCUUGAUUGGUUGGCUCAACAUAGCCCUAUGCAAGUGGACUGGACUCAGAAGUGGAUGUCAGUCCAGCAGUCUGGCAGAACAGUUACUUUGCAAGGCCUGUUGCCUGCUGACUUUGCACUUACAGUGAUAUCAUUGUUCCUCGUUCAGUGUUCUGCAACUUCUUCAGUUUGUCCUGAAAUGCAAGCAGUGUUGGACAAGUUCCCUACAGUUUUUCAACCUCCCACUGGCCUCCCUCCUAGACGAAUGCAAGACCAUCACAUUCCUCUGAUCUCUGGUGCACGACCAGUUUCUGUCAGGCCAUACCGGAUUGCUCCCCAGUUAAAAGAUGAGUUAGAGAAGCAGAUUGCAGAGCUCUUGUCAUUGGGAAUGAUUCGACCCAGCAAAAGCCCUUUUUCCUCUCCUGUCCUCAUGGUCAAGAAAAAAGAAGAAGGGGAAUGGAGACUUGUUUUUGAUUUCAGACAUUUGAAUGCUAUAACCCUGAAGAGCAAAUACCGAGUACCCAUUAUAGAUGAGUUGUUGGAUGAACUAGCUGGAGCAUGUUGGUUUACCAAAAUGGACCUCAAAGCUGGAUUUCACCAGAUCAGGUUAGCUCCAGGGGAAGAGUACAAAACUGCAUUUCAAACACACCAUGGCCACUUUGAGUUCCUGGUAGUUGCCAUGGGCUUGACUGGAGCUCCAGCAACAUUUCAGGGCACUAUAAACUUUGAUCUGUCCCCUCUGCUCAGGAAGUGUGUACUGUGUUUCUUUGAUGACAUACUAGUUUUCAGCAAAACAUUUGAGGAGCACUUGGAACAUGUUGCUCAGGUUCUGACAAUUCUGAAAGAGAAGGAAUGGAAAGUUAAGAUGUCCAAGUGUGCAUUUGCUCAACAGGAAAUUGCUUACUUGGGACAUGUCAUUUCUGCUCAGGGUGUAUCUACAGAUCCUGCCAAGAUAACAGUUGUCCAACAGUACCCUACUCCAACUAAUGUUAAGGAAGUCAGGGGUUUUCUUGGACUCAGUGGUUACUAUAGGAAAUUCAUCAAGCACUAUGGGAUUAUUGCCAAACCUCUCACUGAACUUCUCAAGAAGGGGAUGCCAUUUGUGUGGACCAGUGUCACUGAAGAAGCCUUUGUGGUGCUCAAACAAGCUCUCACAUCUGCUCCAGUAUUGGAUGUGCCAGAUUUUUCAAAACCAUUUACUGUGGAGACAGAUGCAUGUGAAUAUGGCAUUGGGGCUGUCCUAAUGCAACAGGGUCACCCACUGGCAUUUGUUAGCAAGGCAUUGGGGCCCAACAACAGAGGUUUGUCAGUAUAUGAGAAAGAAUACCUGGCUAUUCUGUUGGCUAUAGAUCAGUGGAGGUCAUACUUGCAGAUGCAACAGUUCAUUAUCAAGACUGACCACAAGAGCUUGGCACACCUGCAGGAUCAGAGAUUGCAUACCCCAUGGCAACAGAAAUGUUUAACUAAGUUACUGGGCUUAAACUACACAAUUUAG